UCAGAGGAGGGUUUUAAAUUGGGAAAAAAAAGUCAACGAAAAACAACCAUUAAACAUCUGCAGACCUCUUCGUCCAGGACGGCGGCGGAAAUGACUCUCGUUUUAAAGUCAUGACAUUCGGUUUUAAGUACUUUUAGGAGACUUGAAGAGAAUUAAAGAGCAGUGCAAGAGCAAACAAACACUAGGGUCAGGGAGAUUUGGCUCUGGGCAGCUGUGAAAGUUGUUUUGUUGAUCUAACACUUUUACCUGUCGGAUAUGACAUCAACUAAUUCAGAUAUGCCUGAGUCCUCUUCACUAGCCAUGGACACAUUAACUGGAUCUCUUUCUAACAGUACUGCUGUGGUGCCAAAGGCCAACAACAAGCGACAAGCCAACUCAGACUUCGAGGAUGAUGAGGGAAGCAAAUUGUUCAGGUGUGAUGAUGACUCAGGCGGGGCAAAUGACAAAGAGAGAUUUGCCAGGGAGAAUCACAGCGAGAUCGAGCGGAGACGAAGAAAUAAGAUGACGGCUUACAUCACAGAGCUCUCAGACAUGGUACCCACCUGCAGCGCAUUGGCACGGAAACCAGACAAGCUGACCAUCUUGCGCAUGGCUGUAACUCACAUGAAAUCGCUCCGAGGGAGUGGCAACACCAGCACAGAUGGAACAUACAAACCAUCCUUCCUUACAGACCAGGAGCUGAAGCACCUUAUUCUUGAGGCUGCUGAUGGCUUCCUGUUCGUUGUGUCAUGCGAGACCGGCCGCGUCGUAUAUGUGUCGGAUUCUGUCACACCAGUUCUGAACCAGGCCCAGUCUGAUUGGCUUGGGUCCUCGCUAUAUGACCAGCUUCAUCCAGACGAUGCAGAGAAACUCGGAGAGCAGCUCUCCACCAGUGAAAACAACAACGCUGGUCGGAUGUUGGACCUAAAAACAGGCACAGUGAAGAAAGAGGGAGGUCAGUCAUCUGUGAGGAUGGGUAUGGGUGCACGGCGCUCCUUCAUCUGCAGGAUGAGGUGUGGAACUUGUCCAGUAGAACCAGUGUCAAUGAACAGACUCAACUUCCUGAGAAGCAGAAACAGGAAUGGUUUGGGUCCUUCCAAGGAUGGUGAUCCGCAAUAUGUGGUGGUACACUGCACAGGCUACAUCAAAUCCUGGCCUCCUGCAGGAGUGACUCUUUCUGAAGAGGAGGCUGAUAACAGUCAAGGAAAUCGUUUCUGUCUAGUCGCCAUUGGACGGCUACAGGUAACCUGUUGUCCCAGCGACACCAACAUAAAUAACAUCAGCGUUCCAGUGGAAUUUAUUUCCCGCCAUAACUGUCAAGGUGUCUACACCUUUGUGGAUCACAGCUGCGUGACAACAGUGGGCUACCAACCUCAGGAUUUACUGGGGAAGAACGUUCUAGAUUUUGCACACCCAGAAGACCAGGGAUUACUAAGAGACAGCCUUCAGCAGGUGGUGAAACUACGAGGGCAGGUUCUGUCGGUGAUGUUCCGGUUCCGCUCUAAAUCCCGAGAGUGGAUCUGCAUGAGAACAAGCUCUUUCACCUUCCAGAACCCUUUCUCAGAUGAGAUCGAAUACAUUAUCUGCACCAACGCCAACGUCAAUAGAGCUCCAAAUCAGGACUCCCUGUCCCCUCUCUCUUCCCCUGGGGUGGCACUGCCCCCUUCCCUGGGGCAAAGCAGUCCUAACUGCAUCUCCACACCCAGCCCAGGUCAAAUGACAGCCAGGCAGUUGCAGCAGCAGCAGCAAGCAGAGUUAGAGGGAGGGAUGAGUAGAGAUGCAGUGUAUGAAACAAAUCAGGUGGCUCUUCCUCAGGUUCCAGUGCAGACUGUGGGUGUGGUCAACACUGAUCACAACUCUAAGGCUCUGUCCUCCACUGCAUCCAGUGCACAGCAGGUUUACCCUCCAGCAGCAUCUUUCCCCAGUACUGCAUGCCCCAGUGAACUCUUUAGGUCAGCUGGAAUGGCUCAGCAGAUGGUGUCCGCCAAUCAUUCAGCGGGUCAGAUGCUGGCACAGAUGUCACGUCAGAGCACACCCUCUGCAGCCGCUGUCAGCAACAACAGCCCCAUUCAGGCCCAGGCAGGAACCACAGCACCACCUGGAGUCUGGAAUGCAGCAAGACCUCCCUUCAACACACAGGUGGCAGGUCAAGUAGCGAAGAAUCAGUCACCUCAAUUUAACAUGGGAGGUUUUAGCUCCGCUACUACAUCCUCCACGUCCUCUUCCUUUGGCCAGAUGGCCAGAGCUGCUGCUUCAAUAGCAAACACAUCGAGUUACCCACAACUCAACAGUUGCACCAACCCCUCGACUAACGGCUACAGUGAUGUUGCUCAGAUGGGAGCGCAGUUCACCUCCAGGCCAUCAGGAGUGUCAGGGUGGCAGCAGUGGCAAAAUCAGCCACACACACAAGGAGCUGCAGACACACACCCGCAGUCUCAGAACAACCAGCCGGAGAUAUUCUCAGAUGUUCUCUCCAUGUUGGAUCAGUCCAGUAGCUUUGGCAAUGAAGACUUUGGAGAGAUGCCCAUGUUUCCGCCAUUCCCUGAGUGAUCCUGCUUCCUACGUCACUUUCUUCACUCCCUGUUCUCACUCUCCAUUUCUUUCUGUUUUAACCAAAUUGAUGGCAGUGUUGAGGUAUAGAGGGAUCUACCGAAAGAGAGAAGAAUGGAAGGACAGUGCAUACUUCUUACAAACCAUACUGCGAGGAUACAAGAGGGAGACAUGAAAACGGUGUAGUGCACAGACAUCAAAAGCCCCUGUGCUUUGAACUGGGAUGAAGAUGUGUUCACUUUAAAAUCACGCACAAUUGCACACUUUGAGCACAAACAGUUCCACACUGUGUUUCUGUCAUACACGCUUUUUAUUUUUGAGCAGGUAAUAAGGAUUGAUUGUGUUCCUUUUUGUCCACUUACACACACACACACACACACACACACACACACACACACAAAGACAGUCUUAUCUGUCUUUAUUACUGUGUAGUAAUUGCACUGUGAUUUGACAUUUUGAUCACGUUAAAAUCUAAGAGAGAAUUUGAUUCAGUCCCUAGUAUGUGACAUCUGUGAUCUGGAGUGCCAUGGCUGCCUCAGACAUUUGCCCUGAAUGUAAGUUCAAGAGCUCUACAUGUAUCCUUUUUUAUUUAGAAUCGGAAAUUGUGGCUUGCUUUUUUUUUUUUCUUUUUUGUAGUAGCUUCAAUAAGGGUUGGUGAAAAUUUCGAAUUUAAGUAUUGAAUAAGAAAUAAAUGAGACCGAAUUCGAAUUGAAUUGGCCACUACAAGAUACUGAAUAGCAAUUCUAAGAAAUUCAACAAGCGCACAACAGAGGAAGUUCAUUAGUCCAAUACAAUUUUGCCAUACAGUACCUCAAUAUGUGCACCAUUUUUGGGAUAAAUGAUCUGUGAAUUUCAGUCAUGAAACUCCAUACAUGGCCCAAUCUGAUUGGUCCUUUGACAUGCAAUCUUUAAAGGGUUAGUUCACCCAAACAUUUCAAUUAUCCCAUAAUUUACUCACCCUCAAGUCAUCCUAGUUGUAUAUGACUUUCUUCAUUCAGCCAAACACAAUCGGAGUUAUAUUAAAAAAUAUGGCUCUUCCAAGCUUUAUAAUGGGAGUGAAUGGUACCUUAGAUUUAGAAGCCCCAAAAAGUGCAUCAUCCAUCAAAAAAGUAAUCCAUAUGGCUCCAGGGGGUUAAUAAAGGCAUUCUGAAGUGAAGCAAUAUGUUUUUGUAAGAAAGAUAUCCAUAUUUAUAACUUUAUAAACUAUAAUCAAUGGCUUCCGAUAACGGCCAUCCGCGCGUGCUUUGAGAGUUUUCUCUUUGAAACCCUCCUCCCCAGCACCACCUGUCUAGAUCUGCUUCAAAUAAUUGUAUGUAUAUCUAAUUGUGCAGCGGCAGUGAAGCAGAUCUAGUCCCUCGAGACCAAACCUAACCUAACUUGUCAAAACCUUACAUUUAUCCAGAGAGUUUUCAUGACUGAACUUUAUCGAAACAAAUAUUGACAUCUUUGACCAUGGGGUAAUAAGAGCAAUCUGUGGAAUGCAGUGUGUAUAUAUACAAUGAAAGUUUUCAUUUUUAUUCUUCUUCCUUGUAUUUGGAUUACAAUUCUACAUCCUGCUUGCUGCUUCAGUUCAAAUUCAGGAAUUUAAUUUAAAUUUUAAGGUAUUUUUAAUUUAAUUCGGAAUGGUGCACAACCCGGCUUCUAUUGGUGCAGUAUAACACAUAACCUGCGGUAGUAGUUCUGGACUGCUUUUGAACUCAUUACAGGCUGUCGAUUCUUCUGAUAUGUUUCUCUUGUCAAUUGUGCAGCUGUAAUAUAUAAAGUUUUAAACUUUUUAAAAGGACGGGCAAUUACCUGUAAACACAUCUCUUCCUGUGUCCAUGUCUUCAAGCACAUGUUUCGCCUGUGCUGAUGUCAUGGAUUCACUCUGGCAUGUUUUUGUAAACACAAUGGAAAAGAUUGUAAAUCGAGCAAUAAUGUGCAGGAUUUGUGUACUUCAAAGCCAUUUAAAUGGUUGACUAAGUAUUAUAAUAAAAUGUGGUUUAAAUAUAAAGUGGAAAGAAGAAACUUAUAAGCAUAAUCUGUACAGUAAGUGUUUUUGCUUCUGGAUUCAAUCUCUCCAAAUUAAUUAAUUUGAAAUAGUCAUUCUUAAUUGGCUUUGUACAGAGAAUAUUCCAGAAUUUCUCAUAAUUCUUAAGUCAAAUCCAUAGGAUAAGGAAUACUGACAGGUUUAAUGAUUGAAUUGUUCAUUUUAUUUCGACGAAAAGCUUAAUUAAAUGUGUUUUAUGUUUGCUUUUGAAUGUGGGUGUAUCCGUCUUCUCUCUUAAAUACUAAUUCAUGUAUAUUAAUAUUAGUAAACCCAUGUGUCAAUAGCAGCUUUUUCCCUGAUAUGAAAUGGCCAAUGAUCUGGUGCAUUGAACUGUUUUUGUUUUUUGCUUGUUUUUCACCAUCUUGUUCCUCAACCAGAUUUUUACAAUGAUGUAAACUGCAGUUUAUGUACUAGUACACAUAGAAUCAGAAAUAUAUGAGCAUAUAUGUAUGAAAUAUUCAAUAUGAAAGAGAACUGUUUUUGCUUUUGUAUUAAAUUGCU